AUGGCCCCGCUUGAGCAGCAAUGGGUCAAGGUCCAGCAGAAGACCUUCACAAAGUGGCUCAACAGCAAACUCAAAGCCCGCGAGCUUGAGAUCAAUGACCUAAUCCUAGACCUGUCCGACGGUAUCGCCCUUGUACACCUCCUCGAGAUCCUAAGCAAUGAAUCGCUCGGCCGCUAUGCCUCCCGACCGAAGCUCCGCGUGCAGAAGUUUGAGAAUGUCAAUAAGUCGCUGGACUACAUCAAAAGAAGGGGCAUCCAGAUGACCAACAUUGGUGCAGAAGACGUUGUCGACGGCAAUAGCAAGAUUAUACUAGGCCUGAUAUGGACUUUGAUCCUGAGAUUCACCAUUAGCGACAUCAACGAGGAGGGGUUGAGUGCUAAGGAGGGUCUGCUAUUAUGGUGUCAGCGGAAGACGGCAUGCUACGAUGAGGUCGAAGUUCGGGACUUCUCGACAAGCUGGAACGAUGGGCUGGCAUUUUGUGCGCUCCUAGAUAUCCAUCGACCCGACCUGAUCGACUACGAUAGUCUAGACAAGAGCGAUCACCGUGGAAACAUGCAACUUGCGUUUGACAUAGCAUCCAAAGAGAUUGGCAUACCCGAUCUGCUCGAUGUAGAAGACGUUUGCGACGUAGCCAAACCCGACGAGCGCUCCCUCAUGACCUACAUCGCUUACUGGUUCCACGCCUUCUCGCAGAUGGAGCGUGUCGAGAAUGCCGGUCGCCGGGUAGAGAAGUUCGUACAGAAUAUGCAUGGCGCAUGGGAAAUGCAGAACAACUUUGAGCAGCGGAUGCGUGCGCUGCUGCGACAAAUUGCCGAGCAGCGUAAACAGUGGGAAGAGGCCACUUUCGAUGGUUCAUACGCGGAUGCAAAAGCUCAGUCGGGCAAGUUCACAGAAUACAAACGCAAGAACAAACGCGCAUGGGUCGCGGAGAAGUCAGAAGUCGCCGGGCUCUUGGGUAACAUCAAGACGAAACUAUCAACAUACCGUUUGAACCCAUAUGAACCUCCAGCAGAACUUAGCUUGGAAGCUUUGGAUACAGCUUGGUCAAACCUCAUGAAAGCUGAGCGCGACCGCUCGCAAGUCAUCAAUGAGACCAUACGCGAUAUCAAGAACGCACUUCGAAAAUCCUUUGCCGAUAAAGCCAACGACUUCGCACUCGCCUUGAAUACAUUGUCGAUAUCACUUUCUGGCCUGGAAGGCGAUGUAGAAGAUCAAAUGGAACACACGAAGAAGAUUAGCGAUAACCUCGCGCCUUUAGACCAGUAUCUGGAUCUCAUCGCCUCACUCGACGAGCAGUGCGAAGAAGCCAACAUUGAAGAGAAUGACUACACAACAUAUACCUACGACGAACUCGAAUACGAACUUGGUUUGGUGAAGUCAUCCGUCUCGAAAAAGCUCGCUUUCUUGGAGAACCAAAUGGUAGCUCGCAACAUGACAAAUUUAACGCCAAUACAAUUAGAAGAGUUCGAAUCUGUAUUCAGACAUUUCGAUCGCGAUGCGUCGAAUUCACUGCAGGAGCUAGAAUUUUCGGCGGCGCUGGCCAGUCUGGGUCUCGUUUACGACGAGGAAGAGAUGCACCAGAAGUUCCGUGACACGAGCGGAGGACGCGACUACGUCACCUUUGAGCAGUUUAUUCGAUUCAUGGUUGAUGAGACGGAAGACCAGAACACAGCGGAGCAGGUGUUCGAGUCGUUCAAGGAGGUUGCUGACGGCAAGCCAUAUGUCACCGAGCUCGACCUUCGCCACUCGCUCGUCCCUGACGAGAUCAUCGAAGACCUUAUCGCAAGCAUGCCAGAACACAAGGGUCCUGACAUGCAGGAAGAUCGCAACAUUCCCAAAUACGACUACAUCACCUACAUGGAGCGGUACAUGGGCGGCGCGAACAACGGCAAUGGCCUCGUGAACGGGAGUUAG